AGAAAGUGAGUAGUUUCAUUGAAGUUUAAUCACAGGCUUCGCAUCACACGCAACCAGAAAAGACCUUGUCACUUAGUGCCUGCGAUGCGGAAUAUAUAUUUGGCAGGCAGCACCUCUUUCUAAUUGAGACUAAUAAAAGUUUCCCCGCUGAAAUCGACACUCGACUAAUGACUCAAGCGCACUCCUUCUCUCUCCUCCUCUCCAUUUUCUAAUGCUCUACAGUCUAGCUUCUUAACUCCUUUAAUUCGUCUCAAUCACAUGCUCUCGCAUAUUGUGACAAUUCACGAGAAUCUUGAAGGACAUUGUUUCUAGCACCACAUCCCAGCAUCCUCGCAAGCAGAGCUUGUAUUUUCCUUGGGGGUUUGGAUGGUUAUCUGGGGAGUAAAUUUUCCCGGGCAUUUGUUCAAGUAGUGAGGGGAAUUCUCAAGUCUCUCUCUAGGUUAGAAAUGGGGGAGCAAUCAAACUGAAAGGGUUAACAAGAUGAAGCGGAAGGUUUCUCAGCAGAAAUCUCAACCCAAAUGGACGAGGAAGCUCUUUGUUGUGUUAUUGCUGGGAAUUUGCUGCGUAAGCUUGUUGUUUAUGCAGACGCAUUACUCUCGAAUUACGGGCCUGACUUCCUUGCAGCACCGAUUCGUUGAUAGGCCGAAGAUUGCGUUUCUCUUCAUAGCACGGAACCGGCUUCCUCUGGAGAUGGUUUGGGAUGCAUUUUUUCGGGGAGGAGAUGGCAAAUUUUCAAUUUUUGUCCACUCAAGGCCUGGGUUUCUUUUCAACAAAGCAACAACUAAAUCAGUCUAUUUUUUGGAUCGUCAAGUUAAUGACAGUAUACAGGUAGAUUGGGGAGAAGCAACCAUGAUAGAAGCAGAGCGCGUUUUGCUCAGACAUGCAUUAACUGAUCCUUUAAAUGACCGUUUUGUAUUUCUCUCAGAUAGCUGUAUACCUUUAUACAACUUCAGCUACACAUAUGACUACAUCAUGUCGACAUCAACUAGUUUUGUUGACAGCUUUGCUGACACGAAAGAAGGUCGUUACAAUCCAAAAAUGGCUCCUGUUAUUCCCGUUCAUAACUGGAGGAAAGGAUCCCAGUGGGCUGUUCUAACCAGAAAGCAUGCUGAAGUUGUAGUAAAUGAUGAAACUGUCUUUCCUAUGUUUCAGUGGUAUUGCAAGAAAAAACCACUACCAGAAUUUUGGAGGGAUCAUCCCAUUCCUGCUGAUACAUCGAAGAAGCAUAACUGUAUACCAGAUGAACACUAUGUUCAGACCUUACUGGCUUUAAAAGGCCUUGAAGGAGAAAUCACACGGAGAUCAGUGACGCAUACCUCCUGGGAUCUUUCCUCCUCCAAAGAUCGUGAACGUCGAGGAUGGCAUCCUGUGACAUACAAGUUCUCGGAUGCUACUCCAAUGCUUAUUAAGUUUAUAAAGGAAAUAGAUAAUAUUUAUUACGAGACUGAAUACCGGAGAGAAUGGUGCAGCAGCAAGGGAAGACCAUCCACAUGCUUCCUUUUUGCUAGAAAAUUUACUCGUCCUGCAGCCCUACGGCUUCUUAACAUGUCUGUUCUUGGAGUUGGCAGUUAACAGCGAGAAUGCUUGUGAUAAUGUCAAUUGAGAGGCUGAAUGUGCAAGCUGAAAUCGUACUUAGUAACGGGAAAAAAGGAAAUUCAAAAUUAAAUAAGAGUAGGCGAUGAUUAUUGACGAGUAUAUUGGUAGGUACAUUGAGAUUUAGAUUUGGAGAGUUGUAAAAGUGUGCAUGCGGUGUAUACGUGUUCGAUAUUUUUUCCAGAACCGAAAUAAUUAAUAAGAUUGGAGAUGUUUGUUCCCAGCUUCAUCUUCGGCUUUAGUCUGAGGUGGGUUUUAAAAUAAAUUUGCAGUGGAACAAAACCUCAAGUCUGAUUCCAGUUCAA